AUGGUUGCUCAAGUCCAAAAACCAGCUCCAACUUUCAAGAAAACCGCCGUCAUUGACGGUGUCUUCGACGAAGUCUCGUUGGACAAAUACAAGGGCAAGUACGUUGUUCUAGCGUUCAUUCCUUUGGCUUUCACUUUCGUUUGCCCAACUGAGAUCAUUGCUUUCUCUGAGGCUGCCAAGCAGUUCGAGAAGAUCGGUGCUCAAGUUUUGUUCGCCUCCACUGACUCCGAGUACUCCUUGUUGGCAUGGACCAACGUUGCCAGAAAGGACGGUGGUUUGGGUCCUGUGGACAUCCCAUUGGUUGCCGACACUAACCACUCUCUAUCUAAAGACUACGGUGUUUUGAUCGAGGAGGCCGGUGUCGCUUUGAGAGGUUUGUUCGUCAUCGACCCUCAAGGUAUCGUGAGACACAUCACCAUCAACGACUUGCCAGUCGGUAGAAAUGUUCAAGAAGCCUUGAGAAUCGUCGAGGGUUUCCAAUGGACUGACAAGAACGGUACUGUAUUGCCAUGCAACUGGACCCCAGGUUCUGCCACCAUCAAGCCGGAUGUUGAAGGUUCCAAGGAAUAUUUCUCCGCUGCCAACAAAUAA